GUAUUAACGAUGAUCUUAUUUGUAUUUUCUAUUUUUAGCACGCCUUCCUAUCCCAAUGACAGCAUUAUUUCUCCUCACACCUGUUUUUCUUCGCCUGACGUUGUCUUCCGAGCUCAGUGCGUCGACCAGCAGGUACAUCAGACGGCCCGACGACGACCUGUACGUCGGUCCAGUGCUGAACACUGUUGUUGCGAGGUCGACGUUAACCUGCGCCGCAAUGUGUUCCCGGAACGACCGCUGUCACGUGAUCAACGUUUGUCCGUGUGAUGGUUUUCCUCGACAAGUUGAGUGCAGUCUCCAUGACGAAGAAAGCUUCGAGGUCAGCAAUUUCUUGAAGGAUGUUGCGCUACAGAAUUGCUUCCUGUGGGAGAAGCUUCAAUCGGAAGAGAUAAGCGAGGUUACAGUAACUCCGACUGUAGACACAACAGAAGAACUGCAGUGUGAAAAUGGAGGAACUCUCGUGGGAGGACGGUGCCAAUGUCGCAGGCAAUAUGGCGGGACAACAUGCCAGCGACUAAUCAGAGACUGCACAGAACCUUAUGAUAAUGGAUACAGAACAUCUCGGAGUGUUCCGCUACUAAUACAACCUGCAGGGGCGAUAACACCUUUCUGGAUUUUAUGUCUUCUCAAUAACGGGGGUUUCAACUAUAUUCUCAUACGAAACGGCAUAAUGAGCUCCAAUGUCAGCUGGGCGACAGCAAAGACCGGAAUCGGAGACACGACAAUGACCGAUUCAUCCAACUUCUUCAUCGGACUGGAGAACCUCCACAACUUGCUGAGUCAGGCAGAUUAUUUUGCCACAGUGUAUUGCCACUUCGACAGCAAUCCAUCUGAAGGGUGGUUGACCUACGAAAGUUUUGUUGUCGGACCAGAAAGCUCGUCCUACGCCCUCUCAUACGAGUCAGUCAACUCAGCACAGACUGAGUUCCUGGACAAUGUUUUCAAUGAUUCUGCCCUUCUUUUCUCCACUUUUGAUCAUGACCCGAACUCCUGUAAAAAAGGGUACCCGGGGUGGUUUGGGUCGGAUUGCGCCGAGUCUCCUCCUUUUGCUGACUCGGUGGUGUGGCCAGUAAAUGGAGAACCUAAAAAUGUCGACUACCUGUUCAUCCAAGUGUUCAGGAGUUCUAAUUUUAAUGUAAAUUGAUGUUACUAUCAACUUUUUGUCUACCCAUCUUAUCAGCAUUUCGGGGAUAUACUGUCGUGUCAUAGAGACCUGAUUUGCUUUCAAACUAAGAAAGAAGUUUUUGAUUAUCUAAUAUCCAGGGAAAAUCCAGAAAAUUACAGUGAUUUUUGCACUAUGUUAGAUAUAAUCCUUACUGAUACACCUUUUUGCAGACAUAUUUUGUACACCGCUUGGAGGAUAUAUAAGCUAUCUAUACUUUGGAGUAGCUAGGAUCUUCAGAUUUAUAAUCAAUUAUAAUCAAUAAAAUUGCUUGUUGGGGUAAUAUAAAAAUAAAUCAGAUUAGAUAAUUCCAAGUACCAAAAUGUUUGUUUCUUCUAUAUACAGAUGUCUAUAAAAAUAUUUUCAACAUGUGCAUUUUUGAAUUUAACCACGUGUGCGAGCAUGUAAAGGUGGUGUGUGUGUGAUAGAAAGAGUCGGGACUGUUUUCCAUUUUCUCACUUCCUAAAGUAAACAGUAUUCGGUAAGUAUACUUUCAGUAAUAAUAUUCUACUUUAAAAAAUAAAUACGAAUAGU